UAGUGACCAGGCAAGCAGUGUGCAGACAGCCUAUCUCAAGCAGGAAAGGGCUUCCUUGGGCACUGGGAACUAUAUCAACCACUCUUCUGCUUGGCCAAUUUGCAAGUUUCCCGACGGCGCGCAACGCUGGGAUCAGCAGACGGCUCGCUCAGGGUGGGCGCACGUGCUUUGGGCUGACUGGGAUUGGCUGAAGCGGGGAUCGGCGGGCGCUGCCACCUAGAGGGGUUCCCCGGUGGCUUGUUCUCCCCCACACUUUCGAUUCCAGGUGGCGUUUCUGUCUCUUCGGGUAGCGAUCAUGGGUCGGUGCAGGCUGGGAAAGCUCUUGAUCCUGGCUAUUUUGCUGAGCUGCGGCGGAGCGUUGGAACACAGCGAAUCUCCGCAGCGCCUGGAAGGUACAGCCGAGCGCAGCCCCGCUCCUGCCUGGAUAAGCAUCGCCCCGACCGCAAGACUACAGGAAGAUAAAAGGAGUUCCAACGUCUCCAAGCCGGCGGCGCCUGGUAAGGGUGGCCGAGCGUCGUACCCGAUGUGCACCGGGAGAUUGGAGACGGCGGAGACGUUCAAAUAUAUCAACACGGUGGUGGCUUGCGUGGUCUUCGUGCUGGGCAUCAUCGGCAACUCCACGUUGCUCAGGAUCAUCUACAAGAACAAAUGCAUGAGAAACGGGCCCAACAUCCUCAUCGCCAGCCUGGCGCUGGGGGACCUGCUUCUUAUCAUCAUUGACAUCCCUAUCAAUUUGUACAAGCUCCAUGCAAAAAGCUGGCCUUUUGGAGCUGCAAUGUGCAAACUGGUCCCCUUCAUUCAAAAGACGUCGGUGGGCAUCACAGUGUUAAGUUUAUGUGCUCUCAGUAUUGACAGGUAUCGAGCAGUCGCUUCGUGGAGCCGUAUCAAGGGAAUUGGAGUUCCGAUGUGGACAGCCAUUGAAAUAGUAUUGAUCUGGACUGUGUCUCUUGUUUUAGCUGUUCCCGAAGCUAUAGGCUUUGAUUUGAUUAACUUCCAAUACAAAGGAGAGAAACUUAAAGUAUGUCUACUUAAUCCCCACCAGGAAACAUCUUUCAUGCAGCUUUACAAGGAAGCUAAAGACUGGUGGCUCUUUAGCUUUUAUUUCUGUUUGCCAUUGGCAACCACUGCUGUUUUCUACACUUUGAUGACUUGUGAGAUGCUAAGAAAGAAGAGCGGGAUGCAGAUUGCUUUAAAUGACCACUUAAAACAGAGACGUGAUGUGGCCAAAACGGUGUUCUUCUUGGUGCUUGUUUUUGCAUUGUGUUGGCUCCCUCUUCAUCUCGGGAGGAUAUUGAAGUUUGCUCUUUACGAUAAGAAUGACCCAAAUCGAUGUGAACUUCUGAGCUUUUUGCUUGUGUUGGACUACAUUGGUAUCAACAUGGCAUCCCUGAACUCCUGCAUUAAUCCAAUUGCUCUCUAUUGGGUGAGCAAAAGAUUCAAGAACUGCUUUAAGUCAUGUCUGUGUUGCUGGUGUCAUUCGAAAGAUAUGCUGUCCCUGGAAGAUAAACAGUCCUGCUUAAAGUUCAGAGCUAAUGAUCAUGGGUAUGACCAUUUCCGCUCCAGCAACAAGUACAGUUCAUCUUAAGAAACGAAAAUGCACCCUCAGCUCUUGUGACAAAGACCAUUAAGAUAAAGGCAGCAAAUUUGAUGAGUUUGGUUUGCUCAAAAAUCGAAUUGUAAAACCUCACUUGCAAUCUGUACCAAUCGUAAGUGCCUGAAGGUAUUUGAAUACAUGAAAAUCACCAGGAGAAACAAAAAAACCCAUUGUUAAAGCACUUAAACACUUCAGAAUCAGCACUUCCAGAUCAUCCUCAAAUCCUGUAAAUGAAGUAAGUUGUGUAUUCAUUGAAGUAGUCCUGGGAGCCUGCGUAAUAAUUCUUUGUAUAUAGUAUACCAUCACUAUGUUUGGGACAAAGCCAGCUUUGUCUAUAAAUCACUGUAACUUUCGUCCUUUGGAAGGGAUUAAAACACACAGGCAGGUCUAAAAUAUAAUCCCAUAUCGAAUGUGCAGUUUGCAUCAUGAUGCAUCAAGCAUUUUGCUUCAUGACACAAAGGAAAAACAACACCACUGCAAAAAAUUUUAAAAAGAAAUUUUACCCACAUAGUUGGGAACAAAAUUAAAAGGGCAUAAUCAGACUCAAACCAAUUAGUUCUUAUUUGCUGUUAAAUAAGAAAAUGCAAACAUAUUGGGGGGGGAGAAGCAGCAGAGGAAAGUAAUAAAAAUUCAUUCUUUAGUGCCAUGAGCAUGUGAUUCAUUAGCAGAAACCCAGCUACAUUCCUCUGAUGCAGAUUACAAGUAAAGCCAAUUUCUCAUCAGAGGAUCAGAUUAGGCCUGCCCUGCUUAACGAUCCACAAAGCUGAAUGCAGCCCCACUAGGCAGGCAACAAACCCAAGAGGCUGAUCAGGCUCCUGGUAAGCCAGUUUACAUAAAACAGGGGGCUGUGUUUGGCCCAAUGAGUCACAAGUUGCGAAGAAUCUAAAAAGAUGGAUGCAUGUGCAGCAGCAAAGUAGAAUGCAUCAUUGGAGCAUACUUUUUUCCAUAGGGAAAAUACAUAUUCACCAACUGUGCCUUAGAACUAACAACAUCCAAGCAGGAAUGUCUGACUGCUGUUGCACAAGUUGCACCACCCUGCCAAAUGCAUUUUCUGAACCCUAAGCACCUCAAGGUUCAGGACAGCAACUCUGUUGCUCCAUAUUGGGGAAGACAUUUCAACCUCUAAAGCUGAAGUAACCAGCCAUGAUCCACUACUACUCUGAAGCUCUUUAAAAUAUGCUACCAUAUUUCUCCCUCACAGAGUUUAUGAAAGAACAGCCUCAAACAGCUGGAUGUUUUAAGUAUUCUUUAUGUGUGCUGCAAUUCCACAGAAGUACAGAAAAUAUGUACUGUAGCCACAGAAUUCCCGAGAAUAUCAACUUCUUUUGUUUUUAGAAAAGCAAGUUUCUAGCCCUUAUGGCUGUCAAAAUAAGCUUGCAAGUGCAUGGAUAAUGCCCAUGGAAAUGUUCAGAAGCAGGAGAGACGUCUCAGAUUUGGGGGGUUAGAGGUGGGGUUUCAGUGCCCUGUUUACAACAUUGCCCCUCCCCAGGACUUACUAUACAAAAUAGUAAACAUUACAGAAUGAAUGAUACAAAAUAAGAGUAAGUAUGUAAAUUUGCAAAUAUAUUUUAGUACAUAGUACACACAGCCCUAAGUAUACCAUCUCCCAGUUUUAGAUAUUUGUCAUCUCUGGUAUAGAAAAGAGUGCACCUCUUCUUAGUGAUGCCUUCCUGCGUGUGCCAAGAGGUCACUCUUACUAUUCCCCUGGCAAACAAAGCACCCAUAUAUUCACAGAGCUCUAGCAGCCAUAGGUGCUUGUAUAUAUCAAAAGUGGUAGAACCCAGUCUUUAUCUUUAAUAUCUAAGGAACAUUUAAUUAUCCUUUUGUAAAUAUUAAACAACUAAACCUAGAAUAGUAAAUAAUAAAAUAUGGGCAGGUCCCAUUAAUGCCUGUAUGAAUGGGCGGGGGGGGGGGAGGGAGAGAGAGAAUGUGCUUGUACUAAACAUGAUGUGCAUUGCCAGGAGCAGGUCACAUUUUUGUGUAUGCAAAGAGAAUUUCUUUGUUUCAAAAAUAAUACUGCUAGUUAAAAUAGGUGUAAACUUCCUAUAAGAAAUAAAAAUUAUUAGAACUGUUCUGAAUUGUAGCUGGAAAGGCUCUGUAGCAGGUGUUGCCAAUAUGGUGCCUGUGGAUACCUUCUAUGAAGCCCAGUUACGAUCUCAGUAAAUAUGGCCUCAAAAUUCCACAAUGCACAAGAGACUGUUUGCUCUUCCAGCUCAGUUCUUGUUUGCACUGGCUCAGCUUCUCCUACAUACAUCCCUAAACAUGACAGGAUUGGACACCUACCAUUCCUUCCAUUCUGAACUGAGAAGAGGCGCAAAGACCUUCGCUCUAUGAACAAGUGCAGCAGUAGCUGAUGCAGGUGCUUUGCACCUUUUUUUUUCCUGUUGGGGGACAUGCCUGUACCAUUCUGCUUGUUUAGAUGUGGCAGCCAUUUUGUGAUAUCCCACAUACCCCAUGGCGGCCAUUUAGUGACUGGUGCCCAUAGCACUUUCUCAAAAUUUCAAAGGUGACCACUGGCCCAUAAAGAAUGGUGACUUCAAGGCUACCUGGAUUCUUGCCCUGUGGCAUGAUCUGCUAUUGUUAAAGCAUCCCUGGCUGGCCCUACUAUGAAGUAAGAGUGAGGCAUCCAUCCCAGAUAGCAGAUUUAGGGCAACCUUAAAGGAUGGCAAAUCCUUUUAUUUUAAUACUGGGGAGUGCAGAACUUGGAGUUUUGUUUCUUAAACACUGAAUGCUCCCUUUCAAGAGCCUCUUCAUACAUUGUAAAUGAGCAGGGAAAGUGUAUGUUGGAAAUAUUAUUUAGGAAGCAAUUCCUAAACAUAAGUAGUAAAGAAUAAGCUCCAUUUAUCAUGUAUGACUAUACUCUAAAUAUGCAUAUGAAUGUACUAUUAAAGAACAUUCCACCUAGAAGUUUCUCUGCCAAGCACCUAAAUGAAAGGGAGCUAUAAAAGGUUCAUGGAAGAUGUACCCAGUGGAUUUGGUACUCAGCCACCAUGAAUGGGGGCUUGCAUCAUUAUAGCACUGCCCUCAUCAUUUUGAGCUCAUAAGAAAAUAUACUGGAACAUUAAAUAAAAUUGUAAUGAAAUAAUUGUGGAUUGUUUUCUGUCAUCUGCUGAAAAUGGCAAGUAGAAUGAAAACAAGUGUGUAAGAAAUCAAAGGACUUUGGUCCCUGAUCUUAAUAGAUCAACUAAUUCAAGAACAGUGAAUAUGUUGUACACAUUUUUAUUUCUGGUCAAAAAUGUUAGAGAAAAUGGCAAAUGUAUGGGUGAAUUUCCUGUAUCUCAUUUGGAUGAAAUGUAUUCAGGACUAUAAAUUGUUACGUUGAAUCUGUUCAGUAUUAACUGCUGUUUCUAGCAUUACACUACUGUAUGUAUAUGUUAUUUGUAAUUCUAUUUAAACUGUAGUUGUCAUUGUUAUGAUGAAUGUGGGUAUUUUUACCUUUAUGAAUUUAUUUUUAUGUGUCUUAGGAAGGUUUCACACAUUACUAAAUUCCUCUGUGGAAAGCACCUUGGGCAGAUCCUAACAUGUGACAAAAUCAUUGUACAGGCUUUUAACAAUUUGCCUUCUAUGCAGAAAUUGGUCACCUUGAAGCAUAUCUUAGAUAGUCAUAUAUUACAGAUACAGAGCAUAUAUGCUCUCUAAUUUUUAGACAGAUGUGUAUUCUGAAUAUAUAGUUCUCUCAUUUCAUUUUGUCCAGUAUUUUUAAAAAUAGUAAUUUUUGCAGAAAUUUUGGCUUUCAGUUAAAGAAAACUCAACAAUAAUGUAGGCUGAUUGGGGUUGCCAACUUUUAUUUUUACUAAUCUCUACUGCAAUACUUAAAAGCAGCUUAGCUGCAGACAUUAGCAAAUUAUAAUGAUCUCCAUAUUGCCAAAAGCUACAGUUGUGCAUUUUCAGAUCAGACUGCUAAUAAAGGGGUGUAAGAACUGGCCAGGAUCUUUUAUUUUCUGGUCAGUUGGCACCCUUAAGACUGACAGGGAGGGGAACAACAAGGCAACCCUAAUAGAUUUAGCAAUAAGGAACUACCUCUACCACCUUUUACAUCUAUAAAAACAGUUUCUGAAGCGACGUAAACCUAAGGUAACUUUAGACCUGAAUAAAACAGGAAGAGGUCCCUGUCUUUUAAAUUUGCCCUAUUUAGGCGUCAUGACUUUGGAUACAGGGUUCUGUCAGAACCACAUGGUCUUUCUGUUUUUGUUUUGUUGCACAGUUGAAUUGUCUCACACUGUAUGUUAUGCAUUCCAUUGCCACUUGACCCCAUGUAAAUAUAAAUCUGUCAAUUUCUAAUAACCCUCCAUGCAUCUGACAAAGUGGACUCUAGCCCACAAAAUCUUACGCCUCAUUCAAUCUUUUCUAAGGUGCCAUACAACUGUUUGCUGGUUUUGUUGCAACCAAUUAACAUGACUACCCCCCUGGAAAGGGUCAACAUCUUGUGGACUCUUCUGUGUCUACUAGUACUGUGGGUAGUGCAGUAAACAGUGGUCACAUAAAUAGUGUGGUGUACAGUGUGUAGUGGCUCUAAUUCAAAGUACAAGGAGACAUUGUUUUAACUCCCUUCUGAAUAACAGACAAAUAAGGGUUUUAAGUGUAUUCCACCAUGAGGUUCUUGGUUCAAGAUUGCCCUUCAUUGUUAUUCAAAUGCCUUUCCUUUUUCUCAGGAAAGUAGAUUUAUACUGCUUCUCCUAACAGUAUUAUUUUCCACUUGCGGCUUAUACCAGGGCAAGUGGAUUAGAAGAGGUAAAUUAGGCUGCUUGUUGCAGCUAAUACUCUCUUUAUUAUAGUUUUAUUAACAUGUAAAAUGUUUGUGUAUUUUGCUUUAAUGGUCACUUAAAGAAAUAAAUGUUAUGGUUACUACAGUGUAAUCGAACUGAAUUCUCAAUAAAGAUAUUUUUUAAGAUAAAGAA